CUCCCCAGUGUGUAUGUCUGGGCUGAGGAAUUGUGUUGUGGUCAGAGCAGACGUACACAUUCUCACACACAGGCCGAGUUUGUUGUUGCAGCCAGACAAUCUUAAAGAGCCAGUGGGUCUGCCAUGGAUUUAAUGGAGCUGUUCUUUGUCUGCCUUGGUGCUGCAGUCGUAGUCUUUUAUGGAGUGAAAAUGGUCCGCUUCGCUAAGAUGCUUUAUCCCAGAGUUUGCUUUCCGCAGCCAGAUUCCUUCUUUACAUCAAUGGGAGAGUGGGCAGUGGUCACUGGUGGGUCAGAUGGGAUAGGGAAGGCUUACGCCUUUGAGCUGGCAGGACGUGGGCUGAACGUGGUGAUCCUGAGCAGAACCAAGGACAAACUGGACCGGGUGGCACUGGAGAUAGGAGAAACCACGGGUCAGAAAGUGAAAGUGAUCGUAGCUGAUUUCACUGAGGAUGACAUGUAUGAACACAUUGAGGAGAACCUGAAAGGCUUAAAUAUCAGUGUAUUAGUGAACAACGUGGGGAUUCUGCCUAGUCAUAUUCCCUGCAAGUUCCUGCAGACUAAGGACCUGGAACAGAGAAUUACAAAAGUGAUCAACUGCAAUGUGAAAGCCUUGGUCAAGAUGUGCCAAAUAGUCCUGCCAGGGAUGGAGAAGAGAGGGAAGGGAGUGAUCGUGAACAUCUCCUCUGGUGUGGCCAGUGUUCCCUCCCCCAUGUACACCAUGUACUGUGCAUCAAAGGUGUUUGUGGAGAGGUUCUCUCAAGGUCUGCAGGCUGAAUAUAAAGCAAAAAAAGUCAUGAUACAGGCAGUGGCUCCAUUUGGGGUGUCCACCCCAAUGACGGGCUACCAGAAGUCCAACAUGGUGACCCUGACAGCGGAAGACUUUGUCAGGACAUCCCUGGAGUACCUCCAAGCCGGGGACAAGACCUACGGCAGCAUCUGUCACACAGUACUGGGUUGGAUGGUACAGGCUGUUCCUCAGCAGAUCCUCCACAGUGAGACCAUGCAGGACAGUCUACUGGAGUAUGUGAAGAAAAGAGUGGGGACAUAGUGCAUGUGUUGAUCUCCUAUGACCUAUGUUAUCAUCAUGUACUGUAUGCAUGUCUGUAAAUAAGAUAUGAUGCCUUUUAAAUAACUUUUUCACAUAUAUGUAUUUCUAAAACAAGAGGACUGUAAAAGGCAUUUUUAACUCAUACUUCUAGUAAGUUGAACUCAAAAUCAAUGUUUAUGUGAUACUGACUGAAAAUGAGAAGUCACACCAACCUUUCCCAGCAUGCUCUGCUGUGGGUCGAUAUUUUGGAAUCAGUUUUUCUAAUGUACAUUGAUUGAUUAAUCUUAUACUACACAAAGAUAAAUAACAUACAUUUUUAUAAACUAA